CUUAUCUCAUACACUUAUUGGUCAACCGCCAUGUCGAUCAAACGUUCCAUCAAGUUAGUUCGCUUUCGUUUUUGGAUGAUUCUUUUGCCUGUCCCAUCACCCUUAAAAUUAUAUUUUAAAACGAGAAUAAUUUUGUUUUAAAUGUUCUUUUAUCAGUAGUACUACAUAUUAGCAGUUGAACCGGUACGAAUCCUUUCUUCAUGAUGUUGCUGAUGAAGAGGGUGGCGGCCUAGGUCACGUGAUGUUUAUCCUAGCAACCGAGAGAAGCUCGGCUCAGCGACACCUUAUUGAAAGAGUAAACAGAAGUGGCUGAUUAUAUACAGGUCAACGUUAAAAUUACUAACAGGAUUCCUGAAACAAUUAGUCUACGAAGAAAAUGAUUGCCAUAGGAGACUUCAAGCACCACAGCAGAAAUACUUUGCGAGCCCUGGCCUUAAAUACAACCAUUUAAAAUGAGCCGACUUUAUAAAACAAUUGAGCCCAGUGUCAUUGAUGAUGAAAUGCUUGAAGAGGCAGUGGAGAAACAGGGACCGCCAGGAAGAGCUGGGCAAAUAGCCCAGUUAGAAGGAAUUGAAUUCAAAGAUGUAAAACAUCUUCAACUGGAUUACCGAAAUAUACUGAAGAUUGAUAAUCUGUGGCAGUUCAAAACACUGACCAAACUGCAGUUAGACAAUAACGUAAUUGAAAAAAUUGAGGGACUGAACACUCUGACCAACCUCGUGUGGCUCGAUUUGUCCUUUAAUAACAUUGAGAUAAUUGAAGGCUUGGAUGAACUGGUUAAGCUGGAAGACCUCAGUCUGUACAGUAACAGAAUUUCCAAAAUUGAAAAUAUGGACUCAUUAGUAAACCUGCAAAUCUUCUCUAUUGGAAAAAAUCACAUCGAUAAACUGGAAAAUAUUAUCUAUCUCAGAAGAUUUAAAAGGCUGCGCACACUAAACCUAGCUGGCAAUCCAAUGUGUGAAGAUGAGCAGUAUAGCAUGUACAUUCCUGCCUACCUGCCUACACUGAUGUAUCUGGAUUUCAGAUUAAUAGAAAAGACUACAAAAGAAAUUGCUUUAGAAAAGCAUCACAGUGCUGUUGCAAAUUUGAUGUACCAUGAAGACAUAGCAUUUAAAAAGCUCGAGAAGAUAAGGUUACAAGAGGAGGAACUGGCUCUACAUAAGGCCGCCUAUGUAGAAUAUUUGAAUGGACCUGGUCUGUUUAACACAAUGUUCUCAGAAGAUCCUGAAGCACCAAAGCUUUUAAUGUUACCUGGAGUGACCGAAUUUGUGGACAUAUACAAGGCUGAAUUCACCAACAUUUGCCAGAAGCUCUUCACACAUGGGCUGAAAGGGUAUGAAAAACGUCAGAAGGAACUGGAACAUUUUUUGGAAUGCCUCCGAGAAGCAAUUGAAGAAAACCAGCAAAAAGGAGUAAAGGUUAUCAAAGAAUUUGAAGAGAAGAAUAAAGAGCAAUUUAAUGAAAUACAACAUAUGAGUGAUUCUCAACUUCUGGAAAUUCGGAUCAAAGAAUUCAGAGUCGAAGUCAAUCAGCUGUGGAACAAACUGAUGAGCCUAGAGAUGCAACUGGUUGACCAACUGGAGGAAACAAUGAGCAAUUUUGAACGAAAUGUUUCAGAAAUUGUUACAACUUAUGUUGAAAAUGUACAAGCUCUAAUAGCUCAGUGCCGAGACCUAGAAAAUCGUUACAAUGAGAAUAUAUUGGAAAUCGCUAUGACUAGUUACGACAAAAUGGGAAAAAAUGAAGGGGAAGAGGAAAUGCCAGAAGAACUCAGAGCACUCUUUGUAGAUAAAGAUACAGUAAUCAACACAGUUAAUGCAUCACAUGACAUGCACCUGCUUAAGAUUGACAACCAAGAAGACAAGAUGGUGACGAAGGCAAAUGGCUGGGCUGCGGAUGUGAUUGAAAUGCUGCACACAGAUGAAAUAAAUCGCAACCGUAAACGAGUUUUAGAAAUUAACAUCUAUGUCAGCCACUGGCGGGAUGAGCUGGAUUUCCUGGAGCUCCAGGACAUGAACUAAUUUUUACGUAUAACAUUAAGAGGGAGAGGUUGUACAAUAUGACUUUCAGAUCCUUGUGCUCCUGUUCUACGUAGGCUCUAAGAUAAUCAGAUUUAACGUGGGUUAAAGUUUUUAAAUUGUUCACCCAUCCCCAGGUAUGGUCUGUCUACUCUCAUCACUUUUCCACUCUGUAAUUAUUGGAACCCUUAAGAGACAUUUAUUUACGUAGUGCCUUUAAUGUAAUGGAGACUUAAUAGUUUCCUUUUAAUGUCUCCACUGCACCUGAUGGGGCAAAAUAGCCUCAUAGCCAGAGCUAUCCUUUUUCUGGGAAUCCCUCAUUUUAUUGGAGUUGACCUCAAACUGUAAUUCUUUCAGCAAAUUAACAUUUGUUAUUAUGCUACAAACAAACAUUCGCUACCUCACAUGUACAUCAUUUCCUUUAAUUUAUUUUUUCCUAGUGCUCUUUCUACAUUUUACAAGAAUUUCAAAUGCAAACUUAGUACUUUCUUACAAUUUUAACCCUUUUUUCCUUCUUCUUGCAGCAUUGUUGGAUCCCUAAAUUGUGAGCCAUUUUGUUCUAAGGCAGGACUGUGCAUAUUUUAAAAUAUGACAUUGAUGUAUGAAGAAAACUCCACACAGAAUGUGAAUUAACUAAAAUCAAUACUAUAUAUAAAAAAACUUUAUUUAUUAAAAUGCCUUCAUUCUCUUUUCUCAAACGAUAUAUUUUACUUUGCAGCUUUUAGUGCUAUUUUGGAUACAUAUGUGUAUUGACAUUUGUUAUUUUGUUUGCUUUAUAAAAAGAUGUUAAUUUAGGGAAAAGUGCGGGAAUGAUGAUGAGGACAUUGGACUGGAAAUCAGUGGCCCAGGUCAAUGUCCUCAGGAUGGAUGUGGACAAUAGCUGGUGAAA